AUGGAUACUGACCUCGCCGCGCGGCUUGAUGACUUGCAGUUGGCAGGGCCCGACAUGCUGAUUGAUGGCUACGACCAGUACCACCAACAGGAAAACGAGGUUGUCAACAUCUCUCCCGACGAUGCUUCAGAGGAACCUGCAGAAGCUCUUCCCCGGGCUGAUGACUUCGAGACGAUGAAACGCCAUGUCCUUGUCGACCUACCCGAUGUCGAAGUGGAAGCCGAAGCAUAUCAUACUUGGCACAUAGAAAAAUGGCGGACGCUUUCCCGGCGAGAGCAUGGGCCAGUAUUUGAAUGUGGCGGCCACCCCUGGAGAGUGCUCUUCUUCCCAUACGGGAACCAGGUCGACUGUGCCUCCUUCUACCUAGAACACGGGUUCGAGGGCGACCCACCGCCGGACUGGUACGCCUGCGUUCAGUUUGCCCUCGUCCUAUGGAAUCCGAACGAUCCAACCCUGUACCGAACCCAUACCGCCACUCACCGGUUCAACGCAAAAGAAGGCGACUGGGGCUUUACAAGGUUUGUGGAACUCAGGAAGGCCUUUCAUCAACCCUGGGAAGAUGGGUCGCGUCACUUGGUGGAGAACGACGAAGCUAAACUGACGGCCUAUGUCCGCAUCAUCAAAGACCCUACUGGUGUCCUAUGGCACAAUUUUGAAGGGUACGACUCAAAGAAGGAGACGGGUAUGGUCGGCUUAAAGAAUCAAGGUGCAACCUGCUAUUUGAACUCCCUUCUCCAAUCCCUUUAUUUUACGAACUUGUUCCGCAAAGCCGUCUACCAGAUCCCCACCGAGCAGGAAGCGAACCGGAGUAACAGUGCUUGGACACUUCAGCGGUUGUUCUAUAGGCUGCAAAAAGACAGAUUUGCAGUCUCGACGAACGAGUUAACUGCAUCGUUUGGCUGGGACACUCGGCAAAUUUUCGAGCAGCAAGACGUUCAAGAACUGUCGCGAAUAUUGAUGGAGGUCUUGGAGAAGAAGAUGAAGGGCACCCCUGCAGAACGAACUCUGCCAGAACUUUUCGUCGGAAAGACCAAGACUUACAUUUCGUGCAUAAACGUCGACUUUGAGUCUUCGAGGAUAGAGGAAUUCUGGGACAUCCAACUCAAUGUCAGGGGCAACAAAAACCUGCAUGAGAGCUUCAUGGACUAUAUCCAAGUCGAGACGCUGGAGGGCGAAAACAAGUACGACGCUGGUGAACCUUACAAGCUGCAAGAUGCCCGCAAGGGCGUCAUCUUCGAAUCCUUUCCACCUGUUCUGCACCUGCAGCUGAAGAGAUUCGAAUAUGACAUCAACCGUGAUGCGAUGAUGAAGGUCAACGACAGGCACGAGUUUCCCGAAGAAUUUGAUGCGUCUCUCUAUCUAUCAGAGGAAGCUAAAGUUGCUUCAACCGAACCGUGGAUAUACCAAUUACACGGCGUGCUAGUCCACAGCGGCGAUUUCAAUGCAGGCCACUAUUACGCUUUUCUGAAGCCCACCAAAGAUGGUCACUUCUACAAAUUCGACGACGACCGAGUCACACGAUCAACCAUGAAAGAAGUACUGGAAGAAAACUUUGGAGGAGAGUACGCCAACGUUGCCAACGGUGGCCUCGGACAACGGCAACCGUACAUGCGAGGCUACUCCACUAAACGAUCCAUGAAUGCGUAUAUGUUGGUAUAUAUUCGGAAGAGCAGACUUGACGACGUCCUCCUUAGUGUGAGCGAGUCUGAUAUCCCUGCACACAUCGAAACCAGAAUUGCCGAGGAGCAAGCGGAACUUGCCAGAAAGAAGAAAGAGCGCGAGGAGGCUCACCUCUAUAUGAAUGUUGGCGUGAUUACGGAGAAGAGUUUCCAGGCCCAUCACGGGUUCGACUUGACGAGUUAUGAGCUUGAGCAAUCAGAUCCGGCCAGUGCCCAGGUCCACCGGGUCCUGCGCACAACCAAAAUCAGCGAGUUUGCCGCUACCAUCGCCGGGGAGCUUGGAUUGGAGUCUGAUCAAGUUCGGUUUUGGGUCAUGGUGGGUCGACAAAAUAAAACAAAUCGCCCCGAUCAACCCAUUCGUGAUGUCGAAAUAACCAUGGAAGAAGCAAUGAACAAGUACGGGUCAAGAGGCAGGCCGUUCUAUCUGUGGGCUGAAAAUGGAACGAAAGGGGACGACGGCAAAAUCCAAUGGCCAGACCUCACACAAGCCGUGGGCGGCAACGUCCCAAUCCUGGUUUUCCUCAAAUAUUUCGACGUCAAGGCUCAAACUUUAACUGGCGUUGGCCAUGUCUAUGUCAAGAAACUGGACAAAGUGCAAGAAAUCGCGCCUCAAAUCAAUCGAAUCAUGCAUUGGGAUCCAACUACGCCAAUUCUGCUGUUUGAAGAGAUCAAAUUCUCAAUGAUCGAGGCUAUGAAGCCGAAACAAACCUUCCAACAAUCCGAAAUUCAAGACGGCGACAUCAUCUGCUUUCAACAAAAUCUCCCCGAUCUUGAUCUGUCUACUGCAACAUAUACCGAUGCUCGGCAAUACUAUGAUUACCUGUUGAACCGAAUACCGGUCAGCUUUUAUCCGAAACCCGGCACUGAAGGAGAAGCCUUCGUGCUUAGCCUCAGCAAGAAGAUGACCUAUGAUCAACUUUCCGCUAAGGUGGGCGAGCACCUCAAGGUUGACCCUACUCAUAUUCGGUUCGCCACUAUCAGCGCUACCAACAACAAGAUCAAAAUGUGGAUUAAACGCGGGAUGAACCAUAACCUCCAACAAAUCCUACAGUCACAGUUUUCCUCCUACGGUGGAUAUGCCACUCAUCGCGGCGACGCAUUGUAUUACGAGGUUUUGGAAACAAGUCUCGCUGACUACGAGACCAAAAAGAUAAUGAAAGUGAUCUGGCUAAGUGACGGCAUCAGUAAAGAGGAACCAUUAGAAAUACUCGUCGCCAAAAACGGCAUCAUUGGAGAUUUGAUCGCCGGCAUUGUCAAGAAGCUCAACCUGGACGAACAGACAGCUCGCAGUCUACGGGUCCUCGAAGUACAUGGCGGCAAAAUCCACAAGGAACUCAUCGAGGAUUUCAACGUGGUUGGAGUUAAUGAGUUUACCACGUUAUAUGCCGAGAAGAUCCCAGACGAAGAACUGAACGCCUCCGAGGAUGACCGAUUCAUCUACUGCUACCACUUCGACAAAGAAGCCAACAAACCCCACGGUGUCCCAUUCAAGUUUAUGCUCAAACCAGGCGAACCCCUCAAAGAGACCAAAGAAAGAAUCAGUAAGAGAACAGGGAUCAAAGGCAAAUUGUUGCAGCAAAUCAAGUUUGCGCUUAUCUCGAGGACGCUUUAUGCAAAACCGAGAUACAUCGAAGACGACGAUAUCAUCGUCGAUCUGAUCCAAGACGGAGAUGAGAUGCUCGGGCUGGACCAUGUCAACAAGGCGCGCAACUUCUGGGGAAGAGCCGAGGGGAUGUUUAUCCGGUAG